AUGGCUAUACUGGGAGUUAUGGUGUUCCCGAUAAAGUCCAAUUCUGUCGAUAUCAACAUAUUGCUGAUGGUUAUAAACAUCUUCAAUGAUCCACAAAGAUUUUCUUUGGUGCCCAUGAUCCUCACCGAAGUUCUUCGUUCGAUGAUAGCCUGCAUUAGGGGGCACAACUUCUUCGGGGGAUGCAGUAUGCUACUACAAAUUUGGGCUAGAGAACAUUUCUAUCGUCGUGAUCCACAAAUGGAUUUCUACAUGGGUGCACGUAACAGGAUCGAAAUCCAUGAAGAUCGUCUUCAAAAUUGGAUGGGUGCGCCAACAGGAAGGGAAGAGUUGCGCGCAUUCCUAAACAACCUUAUAGGAGAUGCCAUCCAGUGGAAGUUUUCUUGGAUAAGAGGAGUGGUUCUCGCUAGAACGGAUAAGAAAUCUACAAGCCGAGUGGGAAUACACGAUCGAUUUGGAAAUAGGAGAAAAAAAUGGUGCACGCCGGAGUAUUAUGCUUGGCAGAAUACUGUAAGUCAUAUGGCUCAUCCAAGCGUACACGGGCAUUCGGGGUUUGUAGACAACCAACAUAUUGAUUGGAUUAGAGAAUCAGUGCUUCCUCGCAUGGGAUUCACCGCAUCCAUGUAUAAUCAAAUUGUUCCCGGAUCCAUCGAUUAUUUGAUCCAGGUGGUUGAAGAAGAAGAAGAGGAAGAAGACCCGGAAGAGGAUCCUGAAGAAGACUCGAAAGAGAACCCUGAAGAAGACCCAAAAGAGGAUCCCGAAGAAGACCCAGACGAGGACCCAGAAGAAGAGGUGGAGGAAGACCACAUGGAGGUUUCUGAAACGGGUUCUAAUAUCUAUGACCCAAGAGAUGGAGGGGUGAUAGACAUGUCUCCCAAACACGGCCCCGACGGGUCUCCAGAGUACCACCCAGAGCCAUUUUAUGAUGGGGAUGAUGACGGUGAUGAUGCUCCAACCAGGCCGUAG